AUGAAAGCUGAGAACCAUUCUUCAAUUACAGAAUUCUUCGUGCUGGGACUCACUGACCAACGCAAGACUCAGAUUUUGCUCUUUGUGGUUAUCGUAAUCAUCUAUUCCCUCACCAUCGCAGGGAACCUGGUGAUCAUCAUGCUGGUGCGAGCUGACUCCUCCCUCCACACCCCCAUGUACUUUUUCCUCCUACACCUUUCCAUCUUGGAGAUCUGUUAUGUCACCAGCAGCUUGCCCCAAUUGAUGGCUCACCUUCUGUCUAGAAAUGGAACCAUUUCCUACAACCGUUGCAUGGUCCAGAUGUACAUGAUUAUUUGCUUAGGGAGUGUUGAGUGUUUUCUUCUGGCUGCCAUGGCUUACGACCGCUACUUGGCCAUCUGCCACCCUCUGCUGUAUGUCGUUGCCAUGAGUAAGUGGCGUCAAUUGCAACUUGCCACAGCCUCCUGGGUGAGUGGCUUUUUCCUCGCUUCAAUCAAUGCCACCUUCACCCUUCGCCUCCCCUAUUGUGGCCCCAAUCGCAUCAAUCAUUUCAUCUGCGACAUGCCAGUUAUGAUCAAACUCGCUUGUGCUGACAUACGACAGACAGAGCUCAAUAUUAUUGUGGUGGCUGCGUUGAUCAUCGUCAUUCCUUUCUUUGUUAUCCUGAUCUCCUACAUGCUCAUAUUGUCCUCGGUGAUAAAAAUGCAGUCAGCAGCCGGUUGGCGCAAGGCCUUCUCCACAUGCGCUUCCCACUUGAUUGUGGUCAUCUUGUUUUACGGCAUCCUCAUCAUUACAUACUUGAGUUCCGGUUCAGGCUCAUCUCCUAAUCGUGACAAGGGGCUUGCUGUCUUUUAUAUUGUGGUCACCCCUUUGCUGAAUCCUAUCAUUUACACCCUACGAAACAAGAACAUCCACGGGGCUUUAUCUAGGAUGCUUCAAAGAUGGGGCUUUAACAAGAAAACAUGA